CCCCCCCCCAACACCCCACAAAAACCACCACCACCGGGCAUAUAAAUCCUCCGGCCUCCUCUCUUCUUCCUCACUUCUCCAUUUCCCUCUCUCUCCACUUCCCACUCUCAACUCACAGCCCUCACCAGAGUCCACCACGCCUCUCCGAUGGACACCCACAUCGGGUCCCUCGACUCCUGCAAGCCCCCCUGCAAUGACGUCGGCAGCAUCCCCAAUAGCGCCGCCUCUGCUGUACAGAGCUCGCCUACCCCCGCACAUGUCGCCUCCUGCGACUCCACCCUGGGCCGCCACCUUGCUCGGCGGCUCGUCGAGAUCGGCGUCAAGGACGUGUUCUCCGUCCCCGGGGAUUUCAACCUCACCCUCCUCGACCACCUCAUCGCCGAGCCCGGGCUUAACCUCGUCGGCUGCUGCAACGAGCUCAACGCUGGGUACGCGGCUGACGGCUAUGCCCGGUCCCGGGGCGUCGGUGCCUGCGUGGUCACCUUCACCGUCGGCGGCCUCAGCGUCCUGAAUGCCAUCGCCGGGGCCUACAGUGAGAACCUGCCAGUGAUCUGCAUCGUCGGUGGCCCAAACUCCAACGACUACGGGACGAGCCGGAUCCUCCACCACACGAUCGGGUUGCCGGAUUUUUCCCAGGAGCUCCGGUGCUUUCAGACCAUCACCUGCUACCAGGCAGUGGUGAAUAACUUGGAUGAUGCACAUGAGCUGAUAGACACAGCAAUAUCGACCGCGCUGAAAGAAAGCAAGCCCGUCUACAUAAGCGUAAGCUGCAAUCUCCCUGCGAUCCCACACCCGACUUUUAGUCGUGAUCCAGUCCCCUUCUCACUAUCGCCCAGGUUGAGCAACAAGAUGGGCUUGGAGGCUGCAGUCGAGGCAGCUGCAGAGUUCCUGAACAAAGCGGUAAAGCCUGUAAUGGUGGGCGGGCCAAAACUUCGGGUGGCAAAGGCCUGUGAGGCUUUUGUCGGGCUUGCCGAUGCCUGUGGUUAUGCCCUUGCAGUGAUGCCCUCGGGCAAAGGCCUUGUUCCUGAGCACCAUCCCCACUUUAUUGGGACCUACUGGGGAGCUGUAAGCACCGCCUUCUGUGCCGAGAUUGUGGAAUCGGCCGAUGCCUACCUGUUUGCCGGCCCUAUCUUCAAUGACUACAGCUCGGUCGGGUACUCCCUCCUACUUAAGAGGGAGAAGGCCAUCAUUUUGCAACCGGAUAGGGUCGUCAUCGGGAAUGGACCUGCCUUUGGAUGUGUUCUAAUGAAGGAUUUCCUUGAAGGAUUAUCUAAGCGGCUUAAGCGGAACACAACUGCCUAUGAGAAUUACCACAGGAUCUAUGUCCCUGAGGGGCAGCCUCUGAAGAGUGCGCCUAAGGAGCCGCUCCGGGUGAAUGUUCUGUUCCAGCACAUACAGAAGAUGGUUUCAAGCGAGACUGCUGUUAUUGCUGAGACAGGGGACUCUUGGUUCAAUUGCCAGAAGUUGAAGUUGCCCAAAGGAUGCGGGUAUGAGUUCCAAAUGCAGUAUGGAUCCAUUGGUUGGUCCGUUGGUGCAACUCUUGGGUAUGCCCAGGCAAACCUGGGGAAGCGAGUUAUCGCUUGCAUUGGAGAUGGGAGCUUCCAGGUCACGGCACAGGAUGUCUCAACGAUGCUGAGAUGCGGGCAGAAGAGCAUCAUCUUCCUGAUAAACAAUGGAGGGUACACAAUCGAGGUAGAGAUUCACGAUGGGCCCUACAAUGUGAUCAAGAACUGGAACUACACAGGCCUUGUUGAUGCGAUCCACAAUGGCGAGGGCAAGUGCUGGACCAAGAAGGUCUUUUGCGAGGAGGACCUAGUAGAAGCAAUUGAAGCAGCCACAGGGCCGAAGGAGGACUGCCUGUGCUUCAUUGAGGUGAUAGUCCACAAGGAUGAUACAAGCAAAGAGCUACUCGAAUGGGGUUCCCGGGUGUCCGCUGCGAACAGCCGUCCUCCUAAUCCUCAGUAAAUGUCAUGAAAAUUUGGAUUACGUGGGUUGUAAUAAGCUACUGUCUCUAGGUCCGACAAUAUGGAUGAGACAUUGUUCCUCAUACCUCAUUUCCUGAACAAAUGUUAAUCCCUCUGUAUAUUUACUUAGUAAACUGAUCAUUUUGCUUAAGUGAGCGAAUAUGUACAUUUUCUUUUGUUGAGCGAUUAUAUAUAUAUGCACGUGUAUAUUUUCUUUUGUUCA